AAAAUGUAAACAUCAGUUGUGAGAGGGAGUUUCUCGUGAUAUGCCUUUUAAUGUAUAUCAGUUAUUACAAUGGAUGCCAAUCCAUUAUGCAUCAUAUUAGUAAAGAAUGGGAGCAGAGGUGAUAGAUUAUUAUUUCGGUAUCCUUAUUCAGAUGAUAAUGCAUUGGAGACCAAAACUAAAGCAAAGAGACACAACCCUUACUCGAUGCUUGGGGAUGGCACACCUCAGACUUCAACAAUACGAUGUACAUCAAAUAUUUCUAAUGGAAAGUUGACUGGCUUUAGUGAUAAGGUUAUGUCAAACCUGUUUGCUGUUAAAAGUGAACUUUGCGACAGUAAAUUUGAACUGAAAGUAAAUGAUGUGAGGUUUGUAGGUCAUCCAGUUCGUCUUAACCCCACAACAACACAUGGUCGACAUCAAGACAGAAGAAAACCUUCAACAAUUAUCCUCUUUAAUAUUGUUUUUGCUCUGAAAGCAACUCUUAAUCACGAUGUGGUCAAUUGUUACCAUGAUUUGAGCAUGCGGCUAGGUCUGGCCCUGCGUCAUGAAGAGUAUCGGUGUCAGUUCCUGUCUUCUGAAGCAAGGAUAAUGCUAGCUGCACAUGAUGAGGCUUCUCAACUUCCAGAAGAUGGUCAGAUCUCACCUUUUCAGCUGAUACUUGACAGAAGUCUAUUUGCUCGUCACCUAAGACAAGUUUAUGAGGAGUUGUGUGGUUCAGGCAUUGUUCAGCUACGCCUUAAUAAAUGGAUUCAAGUGAGCUUUUGUUUACCUCAAAAAGUUCAUCAUAGCCUAGCAACAGGAAAAUUUAUUGAUUAUGAAGGAUUGUUAAGGGGACUGCAAACUCUCAAGCCUUAUCAUACACUCCUGUUGUUGGUGGAGCGCUCAGAGCUACUUCGGUCUCUUUCUGCUGAUGCCUCACCUGCUCUACGACGGCUACUUCAUGUUGAAUCAGCUCUUACACCAUUUUACACCCUUGCUGCUGAUGCAGACUUGACAUUACCUCAGGUGUUUAUGCUUGUUGGACAUCUGGUAUAUUGGGGUAAAGGAACUAUAAUUUACCCUGUCUGCAGUACAAAUGUUUAUGUACUUUCUCCAAAUGCUCCAACUGUUAUCAAUAGUCAACUCGCAGAACGGUUUAGUGAACAGUUUCCUGGGUCUUCUCUUCAUGCUGCCUUAGCAGAGUUCUCUUUCCCCAUCUCCCUGAGUGAUAAGUGCCAUCCCAUGACAUACCCACACCAACAGCAAGAACAAGUGCAGCAGGUGUUGUGGUUGCUGAAACAUGGCUUACUUCAGCAGCUGCAUACCUAUGUCUAUCUAGCUCCUCCACCAACCUCCUCAGAUUCAGGAAGUGGACGGCUGAGUGGACGUGAAAUAGGAGGAACAGGGCAGCUAGGGAGUCAUGGUACAAGUUCCCCUGCAAGUACAAGCAUACCAACUCCAACAGUUCAUGAGCCACCACCACUGUCUCAUGAUCCUCCUUCACUAACCCCUCAUCCACAACAGUCUCAUCAGGCAGAUAUCAUAGGGGAUGCACUCCACCAUGCUGCUGUACAGCUCAGCCAGCCAGCUUCUGAAAGUGAUUUAGGCUCAGUGUGUAGUGAUGAGCGGAGCCCCAGUCCAGGUGUCAGUCUCAACACCAUCCCGGAGGACUAUAUCCGCCGCCGCCUUGAUACUUUUUUGUCGCCAGCAGAAAAAGAAAUGGUCAUGAAAGUAGAAGCUGCUCAGAAUCCAGAAGACCUCAAACUGUUUGCCAAGCUGUGUGUGUAUUUCCGGGGACGUCAUCACCUAGAAGAAAUGAUGUAUAGAGCCAAUUUGUGGAGAUCUGAACUACUUCAAGCAAUUGACAAAUUCAGACAAGUCCUUAUUACAUGUCAGCACCCAGAUGAUUCCUUUACACUCACAGCUCACACCAAAUGACUCUUCAGUAAUAAGUGAAUUUUCAUGGUAUGAAAUAGUGGAAGUGAAGUAAGAUUGCUAUAAAACUGACCAGCUUGAUUUCUAUGGCUUCAGAUAAGAAUAUUCAAAUAAUUCUCAGGCAUCUUCUGGUCACAGUUUAUAUAGAUGAUGAUAAUUUUGCUUGUGUUGAUGAAGGAAUUGAUUCUUUUGUUACAUUUCAUUGAAAAAAAGUUAUGUGAUUCGAUGUUUUGAAGGUUCUAAAGUGUUGUACCAAGUUUUGGUAUAUUUUCCUUUUUUUUUUUUUUUUUUCUUCUUUGUUUUCUUUUUUCUCUAGCUUAAUACUAAAUAGAAUAAAAUACUUCUUCAUAUUUCAGCAAAGUAUAUAAUUUUUCAUAAAAUGACUUUUUUUUUUUUUUAUAAAAUCAUAUUAUAUCAGGUAGGGAAUUGACAGUGCAACAUAAUUUACUUUAAUGCAGUUUUUAACCCAUCAGUUAUACGUUCUAUCCUGCACUGCUGUUUGUUAUACGCAGAUGUCUCUAAAAGUGCUCAGCCACCAAGGAGUCAGUUAGUAGGCUCAAUCUAAGUAUGUCUAAUUUCCCCAUUCCUUGAAUUUGUUUUUUUCCUAAUGUUAUCAAUAUUGAUACUGUUAUCAUUGGUAUUAUGAUUAUUAUAAUGUUAUUAACAUACUAAUAACCAUAAAACAUAAAACAAUAUUAAAAUAAAGGGAAAGAGUAAUGAAGUGAGAUUGGUACAACUAAUAAUUGACUAGGGUGACUAAGCACUUGUAAAGCCAUCAAUGUGUAAACACAAUUAAUAAACUGAAAUUAUAGUGGACAUUGCACAUUUGUCAUACCAUCUGUGACCAAUAGGCUAAAUCAGAUCAAGUACCUGUAAUUCAAAAUUACAGUAUUUCUUAUAUCUAGAAGAUAAUACUAGGGCUGGUCAUUACUCUUAAAACAUAACAUUGAUAUUGGGGAGUUGGUAUGUGGUCCAAAAAGAACUUUAGUUAUAUGAAAUAAGUUAUGUGUACUUGUCAUAUGUAUAUGUUAAAUGUGUUAUCCUUGUUUUAAAUAAUUUCCAUGUGGUUACCAAAUGGCCCAGGGAAUUCAUCAUGCCAGCCCUGCUGCCAAGCAAAAACUGGUGGUGGGGAGUCAUAUGCACAAACUCACAAAAGGUUGCUAAUUGGGAACUUGAAUCAUUACAUGUUAAAAUGUGAUCAGUUUUUGGUGUGGCAAAGGCAUUACAUGCAUGAGAGAGUUAACUAUGAAACAUAUUGGUAAGUUCCAACAUUAUAAUGUUUGCACUUGAAGAAAGAUAUAUAAUAUUCUAAUACCCAAUCACAUGCUUGCAUACUAUGUUUAUUUUACACCAACACCCUUACCAAACAGAAUGAUGCACUUAUAUGACUGAAAACAAUAAGAAUAAGUGUAAGAAGUACUUAGUUGUAGUGCAGACUGUCAGUGACUUUCUAAUUGAAAUGUUCAAAACAUGAAUCAUGACAAGCAAAAGGAGCAGAUUAAAACUGAAUUUGAUAUCCAGUGUAAGUUGGUUGGAAAAAUAAAUAAAUUCAUGAAGUUAUAAUAUAAAGUUACCAGGUAACAGUCAUCAUAGUGGGCAGGCACACUUGUUGCUAAAUAAGUUCAAGAACAGAACCAUAUGAUUUGUUUCAUUUGCAGUUUACACCACAGAUCACUUUUCCUUAAUGGUUACAUUUGUCAUGAUAACUGUGUUUGGAUAAGAUCUGUAAAACCAAAGUGGAAUUACUAAAAUGAAUAGUAUAUCAAGUUAUUAAAAGUGGAUAUAUAAUUUUUUUCCUAUCAUAUCAGUGACAAUCAGAUGCCACCAGGGAUGGUAUGUAUGUACAUUUCAUGCCCACAGUGAAUUUAAUUUAUUAAUUGCUCUUACACAUACAUAGCUCCAAAAAUACUAAGUUACCACUGAGCCAAUUACAAGUACUACCUAUCUAAAAAAUUAGCACAGCAUUUUCCCCAUUUUUUAUUCAUUUUGCCUGGCGGCAAUGGGUUAAUGAAAAAAUUAUCUGUAUGUAAACACUGACUUUGAAUGAAACGGAAUUAUAAACACUAUUUAAAUGAUGUUCAUUAUAUAUCCUCAAUUUUUUCAGAAGGAAACACUCACGGCAUAAAACUAAUAUUAAUUACUCAAUCUUAUUUUUACAUAUAUUAAAAUCUGCAUUAUUUCUAGUGCAGUUGUUUUGCUCAAUGAUUAUUUUUUCAUAACUGAAAAAGGCAAUUUUAUAAGUAUUUCUGCUUGUAAACAUUUUUCUUGUCAUCAAUAUUUAUAUUGAAUGAGAGCUUCCAUUUUACAACCUUUACCUGUGGUCUAUAUAUGAUAAAAUAAUUGUCAGGAAUGACUGAUUGCUUGAAGAACAGUAUAUAUUAAGAAAAUUUACCAACUGGGUCUAGUUACAAGAGAUUUCUUUCUAUGGUAUAUAGAUGAACAUAAAAACUUUUUAUCCUGCUAUAGGUAAAAAGUUGUUUAAGAUGCCAUUAUAGAAUAUAUGUUUCCUACAUGGACUGCUAAUUGUUCCAUAACAAACAGAAGAACAGAAACUCCUUUUAGACAAUGUACUGUAUAUGCAACAUUUUCUUCUUUCUGCAGAUAACUGUCACUUCUUAAUGUGACACUACAUGUUUUAAAUGAAUAUUCAAAGGGAGUUACUGUAAUACCGUGUUCUUUUUUUUAGGGCAUCAAACAUAUAGGAUGGAAAAAAUUAUUUGGAAACAUAUGGUACUUUUAUUCAGAUAUAAACAAACAAGACUUCUUAAUAAUGCUAAUUCAUUUAAAGCUGCAAUUUAAAAAAAAACAUUCAACUGUAUGUGAUAGAAUGUUAGCUGUAUAUUUCUACAGAUAUAAGUUAGGCUACCUUUAAACACCAAGCAUUUCUAUAAUUAUAAUAGAUUGAAGUUUGUAAGAUGAUCAUUUUUACAAAGUGCUGUAUUGCAUUAAUUGUCUAUGUUCUGUAUCUGUGAUAAUGGGUUGGGGCAUGUGCCUAAUUAUAAUCUAUGUAAAGAUGUAAUUUAUAUUAAAUUGUAAUAAUGCCAUAUAGACAGCACAUGCUCAUGCAUUCUUGUACCAAAGUAGAGAACUGAUUAUGAAUAAAGCAAAGAACAACCUUU